UCUAUGUAGUCCAGGCUGACCUGAAAUUCACUAUGUAGAUAGGUUGGCCUCAAACUCAGAAAUCUGCCUGCCUCUACCUCCUGGGUUCUAGGAUUAAAGAUGUGUGCUGCCAUGUCCAGCUAUUUACUCUUUCUUUAUGGACAUUUUAAAAUGAAAGGUUAGCCAGAUACAAGAUCUGAGUAUUGAGUGACACGGGCUGAGAAGAGUUUUACUACGGAGAUUAACCAAGAGAAGCAAGGGUCUCCUUUUGAAGGGACUUGGUUCUAGAACUGAUGCUAGAGCCAAUUGUAUGAAUUUUGUUUCCAGACCUAGAAAUUCUAAACCCCAGAUCAAAUUUCUGUCUAGGGCUCUCAGGGGCGGGAAGAAGGGAACGGGAUGAAGGGCGGGGACCUCCUCCAGCUAAUUGCACCUUUAGCUCAGAGAGCCCAGCUCUAUGCUUCUCUCUCCGCAGAGGUAAGGGUGGAGCCGGUCCCUGUGGCAGUCUGGCCAACUGCUUUGGUAGGGCUGUUUUAAGUCUCCCUUGGCAAACCUGGUGGAUGGGAGCCUUGCCUGAUCUUUCCUAAGCUAUUUCUCCAGAGAAGAAAUCUCUUCUGCCUCCAGUUUGGAGUUGAACUUGACAUUCCUGGGAACAUGUUGAGUUAGUUUUUAACCAGAAGUUCUUUGUUCUCUUCAGCGAGCCCACCCACCUCCUCUGCUGGGCAAGGCUGGAUGGUCCCCACCUGCGAAGAUGAUUUCAUGGAGGAAGCUCUGUUGGCGUUAUCAUGUGUGGACCCUGGGCUGCUACAUGCUGCUGGCUAUCAUUGCCCUGAAACUGUCCCUCAGACUGAGAUGUGACUUCGAUGUCAUGGAUCUGGACUCGAAGGAAUUUCGAAGCCGGUACUGCAGGGAUUUCCUGUACAAGACCCUGAAGCUGCCAGCAAACAGGUCCAUCAACUGUUCCGGGGUCACUCGAGGGGAACAUAAAGCAGUGAUCCAGGCGCUGCUGAAUAACCUGGAGAUUAAGAAGAAGCGACAACCCUUCACGGAGGCCGACUACCUUAGCAUGACAGCAGACUGUGAGCAAUUCAAGACCAAAAGGAAAUUCAUACAGUUCCCGCUGAGCAAAGAAGAGGUCGACUUCCCCAUUGCGUAUUCCAUGGUGGUUCAUGAGAAGAUUGAGAACUUUGAAAGGCUGCUGCGAGCUGUGUACACCCCUCAGAACAUAUACUGUGUCCAUGUGGAUCAGAAGUCCCCAGAUACUUUCAAGCAGGCAGUCAGGGCCAUUGCAUCAUGCUUCCCAAAUGUCUUCAUAGCUAGUAAGCUGGUGUCAGUGGUCUAUGCUUCCUGGUCCAGGGUGCAGGCUGACCUGAACUGCAUGGAAGACUUGCUCCAGAGCUCUGUGCCAUGGAAAUACCUCCUGAACACCUGUGGGACAGACUUUCCCAUCAAGACCAAUGCUGAGAUGGUCCAGGCCCUCAAGCUAUUGAAUGGGCAGAACAGCAUGGAGUCAGAGGUACCCCCUGCACAUAAAAAGUCCCGCUGGAGAUAUCACUAUGAGGUGAGAGACACACUGCACAUAACCAGAGAGAAGAAGACUCCUCCACCUAAUAACAUAACCAUGUUCACGGGGAAUGCCUACAUGGUGGCCUCUCGAGACUUCAUUGAACAUGUAUUAAGCAACUCCAAAGCCCAACAACUAAUCGAAUGGGUAAAAGACACCUAUAGUCCUGAUGAGCACCUUUGGGCCACCCUCCAGCGUGCCUCAUGGAUGCCCGGGUCGGCUCCCUUGCACCCCAAAUUUGACCUCUCAGACAUGAGAUCUAUUGCAAGGCUAACCAAGUGGCAGGACCACGAGGGAGACAUCGAGCAUGGGGCGCCUUACACCCCUUGCUCAGGAAUCCACCAGCGGGCUGUCUGUAUUUAUGGGUCUGGGGACCUGCACUGGAUCCUUCAGAACCAUCACCUCUUGGCCAACAAGUUUGACCCAAAGGUGGAUGAUAAUGUUCUUCAGUGUUUAGAAGAAUAUUUACGUCACAAAGCCAUCUACGGGACUGAACUGUGAGACACACUGCAAGACAAUUGCUACUUGCAUGGCAGGAAAAUGCCGGGAUUUACUGGGGCCAUGUGGGGUGGGCCUGGGGCUCUGGACUCCAUGUGUCCCUAGGAUGAAGGGGCUGCUACUGGAGCAUGGGUAAGUAGAUCUCUGCUCCCCGUGAGCUGCUGCUGGUGAAUGUGGCUAUUCCCCAGUUCUGUCCCCAAGAGCCCCUCUUUGGCUUCCUCACAGAGCCAGAGCAAGAACUACUGUUACUUAGGAGAAUAAGGUUGGAACACUGACCAGUGGUUGGCUGAAGGUUUUCUUACGGUUCUCUACAGAGUCUCUGUUUUAAAAAUUCCUGGGGUUGAUCACAAGAGGGGAACUUUAGUGGAAAGAACCCUCUCCUUUUGUGCUGUUAAUUUAAAAUAAAUAGCUUCCAAACCAAAGUCCUAUCCCUACAGUGUUGUCUAUGAAUCCAGAGAUAAUCUAAACAGAUAAAAUGUGUGAGAUUUUUCUCAUAUGUUGAGGACAGUCUCUAGUGGCUGGCAGGAAAGUCUCCUACAUCCUGUGUAGAUGGCAAACUGAAUUACAGAGCCAAUUCUCUCAUUACAGAAAGCCUUCCUAAUUUUGUUUACACUGGCAGAUUCUGACUUUUCCAUAAGGGGAAGGACAGAGUGAUUUAACUAGCUUGAACACUAUGUGUUCAGGAGAAGUGCAUGGAAGCUUCCUGGCCAAAGCUUGCCAUCCUGUACCUACAGCCAUUUACUGGAGCUCAUUUACUUAGGGGGAGAGCUGUUAAUAACUAGGCUGGAAAGGGAAAGUAACUCUGUCUUGCCUAAGUAUUCUGUGUUUAAACCUCUUGAUUUAAAGCUGCUUUGUUUCAUCAUGUGAGUAUCAGGCACACCAUUUGCCAUUCUGGAGAUCAUGCAUUUCCUUGUGGGGACACAGUAAUGUGUGUACAUACAUAUGUAUACAUGCUAAAGUAUGGACAUUUACAGGUAUACAUUCCCCUGUGAAAUCUCUUCCUCUCUGAAGACCCAGAGCUAAUUGUUGGCCAGUAUGCAUUCUAUUCUGUAAUGAACAAGGGACACUAAAAACUAUAGGCAGAACCUUUGAAUAUGGUAUAGCCGACUUCCUGUGUAUGUGUCCCAGAAGAGGGAUUUAUGUACAAAUUAACUUGUGUAAUUUGAAUGAGGUUCCCAUCAAUAUGUUCUGUUAACAUGUCUCUUCAUCUCAAAUCUUGACCCAGUUAAGGCUUUCUCUCUAUAGCCAGCUUUUACUGUGCCUGUGUCCUCUAACAGUGUGUGACUGGAAUUUUCUUUUUCUUUCAGUUUUGAGACAGGGUUUCUCUGUGUAGCCCUGGCUGUCCUGGAACUUGCUCUGUAGACCAGGCGGGACUUGAACUCAGAGAUCUGUUUGCCUCUGCCUCCCCAGUGCUGGGA